ACACCUGAAGGAUUCUCUUUCCGUCUUCAGGGGGGAAAAGAACUCACUGUAAGCGGCAAAAAUGCCGGUUAUAAAUGUAGAGAAUCUCACGGACUUGGAUAAGGCUAAAAUGGAAGUAGAUCAGUUGAAAAAAGAGGUGAAACUGGAAAGGGAAAAGGUGUCUAAAUGUUGUGAAGAAGUCAUGGAAUACAUUCAGAGUGGUAUGGAUGAUGAUCCCCUGGUCAAAGGAAUCCCAGAAGAAAAGAAUCCAUUCAAGGAAAAGGGUGGAUGUGUCAUUUGCUAAUGUGGACAGAAUAACUGCCCUAUUCCUUUUACAGUUUAGACUCUGGUACUGCACAUGGACACCUGCUACUCUUUAAUCUUAGCCAGAACCUUCUCCGCUGCCCGAAACAGAGAAAUGACAGUUGAGGAUAGAUAAUAAAAAUACUCUAAAUGACUUGGAUAUGGACCCUUUCGCAUCUUCUUGUGUAUUCCUCUUUGAAGUGGUGAAAUAAAACAGAAUGCUUUUGGGCAGCGAUUGUCAGUUUUGGUGCAUGGCAUGAUGGGCUAAACAUCAAAAUGUACAGAGGCUCCUUUAGAAAUAUUUAUUAAAAAACUUUUAAUGUCUUCAGUGUCACUUUGCCAUGUCCAGUUAUCUGUGUGGUUGUGUGAUAUGUGCUGCAAAUGAGUGUACAAGAUUCUGGGGCAAUUUCCUACUUGGAUACUGUCUUUUUGUCUUAAGUUUGCUUAUACCACAGUGUUAUGAAAUCUCAAUUUUGAUUGGUCAUAAGAUGUUGAUUAAUUUUCUAUAAUACAAGCUCUGACAGUAAAACCGUCUGUAAUUGAAAUCACGGGUUUAUAUUAACAUUAAUGUUUAUUCUAAUAUGAUGUAGUUCCUAUAGUACAGUUCAUAUGGUAUAGAUCUUUGUAGGAAGACGUUUAUUUUAUUUGUCUUAUUACUUAUUUCAAGGAAGAGAAAAACCGAGCUGAGCAGAUCACUGUUUUAGCUGCUACAGUUGUAAGGAUGAUGCACAAUAUUAAAUAGAACUACAAAAAGUAUUAAAAAGCACAAUGUACAUUAUUAAAAUUUUAAAAAUUGAAAUGGUAAGAAAAUUGCUGUGGUAUAAGAUGAGUAAAACACUCAAUAUUUGAAAAUAAUCCACUUUGGGGUGGUAACAGUAACCCCUUUUGGCACACAUCCCAUCAAUGUUUAUUUUCCUGUAACAGCACACCCCUUGUGUGUUAUUAUACAGAAACUGACAUAUGGAAGAGCAAAACAGAUUAUUCUACUGCAGGUCUGAUGAUAUUGCUAGAAUAAAUCACCCUGUCAUUGAGAGUGAAGGGAAUUACCUUUAGACUGAUGCAAGAUUCCAGUCAAUAUUUAGAGUUUUAGAGACUCUUAGGAACUAUAACUGGUUUCUUCAUAUCAGUAACAGGACUAGCAUAUUUACU